AUGUCUGGAUCAAAUCCUUUCCGCCGUAGCAAGAUUAUAACAUCCCCGCCCAUCACAAACAGCAGCACCAAUGAAAGUGUUGUUCUUCCGUUGAUUCCGAAUGACGCGAUAACGUUCGGCACAAGCAGCGUCGACGAAGAAAUCAAAAAUCAAUCAUCGUCUCAUCCUAAAGUAGUUCGCAUUGUGACACCGCCUCCGUCUUCUCAACAGCAACCUUCUCCGCCGACAGAUCCAACGUCACCAUCGUACUUCCCCGCAGUGUCCUUUGCUGGGUUGACGACAACACAUCGAGGCUCACCACCACCACCACAACCCAUGCAAUUACAACAAUUGGAAGACUAUGGAGACAGUUCAUCCGACGACUCUAAACCCGACCCAUUUGAUCCGCGAUCUUCCGAUGGUAUUGUGACUGACAAUUCGGCGAUUCUAAACCGACGGUCUUCCAUGGAGCAAUCGGUAGAAGAUCGGUCUACAUUUCCCAGCCGAACUGCGCCGAGGAGAGAGGCGAAACUGACGAAUACACUUGAUGUCGAUGCGUUCACGAGAUUGCUUUUGACGGGUAGCGCGGAAGCCGCGAGCACCACCACCACCCCCGCGAGUGGUCGGACGGCUUCAAAUCCAGAUAUAGUUACAGCUUCUGCCGCGGUUGAGUCGCCAGAUCGCGCUCAGACAUGGGCUGCUACUGAUGAUAGUGUGGAUUAUGAAACGAGACAAACUAGUCCUGAAGCUACAACAGCGUCUACGUUUUCUUCUACUCCAGCGUCAAACGAUAUCCAAAGGACACAGAGUGUUCGAAAGCCAAAACCGCCUCCACCUAGGUCCCAUCAUGGAAAGCCUAUUAAGUCUAACGACUCGGGAAAGACUACGUCCGAUUUUUCAGCACCAACGCCAGCGCUAUCACAAACGCCGAUUGGCUCGCCGUCAGAUCGUCGGGGAUCAACAUCGUCUCAGUCCGUUAAGGUCUCUUCGCCGAACAAUGAACCUCCCAGCGCCGCAGAUGAUGUAUCCUCUUUAGAUCGAAGCUUGUCACGGUCAAAAAGACCGCCUACACCACCUCUUACUAGGCGCCACAGUCAGAUGAGACCCAAUACCAACCGACACUCUAUCACCGAACGGCCGAAUCGAUUAUCUCUACCACCCAAAAGCCCGAGCUCUCAAUCACAGGGCCCUCUAAGUCCAGGCAGUGGGGCAAAGACACCACCACGACCGCCAUUGCGACGCGUUGAGAGACCGGUGUCUGGAAUUCAGGGAGAGGCUGCUAUCUCUCAACUCAAGUCUUCACUGUCGCAAAGCGAGUCUACGCCAGGUGAUCCGCUUUCAUUAGAUGAACAGACUACUCAAGCACCCGCAAUAUCAUCUCCUCCAUCACGAACACCAUCAAUAAAACAGAGUGUUCCGACAACGGGCAUGCUCCCACCACCGCCGCCACCUCCUCGCAGACUUCGAUCGUCGAGCAAGGGUAGUAAUACUACUGUAUCAGUAUCAAUCGAUAAACCGAAUGCGCCGACAACCACAGAACAAGAAAACAUACGGUCAUCGUCUAACGCGCAAGAUAUUCUGGCCGAUCUGUCGCGUCUUCAGCAAGAAGUUGAUAAUUUGCGGGUUCAUUAUGAGGGGAGGAAGGUCAGUCAGUAG